GAUAAUACAACUAGGGUUUACAACCACUCAAUCUAAACCCUCACACAAUUAUCUCUCUCAAAAGCCUCACACAAAAUACAGUCGUCAACACCCAAGAACAGCCACCAAACAAGCCAAAGAACAGCCUACUUCUGCGUUCUCCUGUUUGCACUUGCUCUCAAAUCAGCCCCUUUGCACCCAGCCACCUGCCUAAUCCCCCUCUCAAUCUUGCACCGAAAAACCCUAAAAUAAAUGCAUAGAUAUAUAUAGUCUGCUGACUUUGAGAAGCGGGUGGGCCUUCAUCAUGCGGAAACGUUGCCCAGCUCUCGUGGGCUCGUGGUCCCACUCACACAAGUAACAAUGAGCUUCCUUCUUCUACAGGUGAGUGUAGCAGGAGUCAAUCACGAUAACCUUCAUGAAUCAACAAAUCUCAAAGAUGACAACUCUUCCUUCUUUGAAUUCAAUGGUGUUAAAAUCCACCAUAAGAUUUGUGAGUGCCAAAACGAAAAUGAAGGAAAUGAUGCUGUUAAAUUGCCUAUGAGGCUAUGAUAUUGUUGCAUGGAUUUUUGGCCAGUAUUUUCUCUUGGGAUAAAGUUAUGAAGCCUCUCAGUGAGUUGGUUGGGUCUAAAGUCCUUGCUUAUGAUCGACCAGGCUUUGGAUUGACUUCGCGGACCGGUUAUCUUGGACCGUCGGAUUAUGGCGGCGGUGAAUCUACACCGUCGAAUCCAUACUCUUGUCGUUCUCUGUGUUGGCUACUCUUUCCUUCAUAGUAUUUUUGGGUGCUCAAAAAGUUAUUCUUGUGGGGCAAGAAAAAGGUUCUUUGUUUGAGUUUUUGAUUCAUCUUUAAUCUUAUUUUAAAACUUUAUAUGGCAUGUUCAGGCUUGAGAAGUUUAAUUAAACUUCUCUGAGUUUGGAUAAUAAAUGACCUCGAAUGAGUUACAAAUGUUUGCUCAAAUUUAUGCUCAGUUUUUUUUUCUUUUGAAUUCCCAGCAAAGAGAUUGGAAUUUGAGGUUUUUAUCAGAAAUGAUAUCUUAAGUUGUUCUGCUCAAGAUACCGAGAAAGAUGCAUAAUUUCUCACUAUGCAUAAUUUAUAUCUCUGUAUUCUUUCCUUUCUCGGUUUGCUUCAGCAUGGUUUUGUUGUUUGUUGGGAUGUUUUGUUAAGUUCAUUUUAAUGAAACAACGGGGUCAUGUUCAAACUUUAAUUACAAACUAGUCGAGAAACACGGAUGAAACAUUCUCAAAACUGGAACAAGUUAAAAGUGUUUGUACAAAUUCGAGCUCAUCUCUUCAUUUUCUUUGAAUUUCUGGCAAAGGGAUUGGAAUUUUUUUUUGUUUUUUUAACCCAUAAAUGAGGUCUUUUUCAAGCUUCUUGAUAAAAUGAAGGAAACCAAAUUUUCUUUUACUUUUCAAAAAAAAUAUGUUUCUUCUCCAAUAAUUUUAACUGAAUUAAAUUGUGUUAGACACUGUGCUGGUUGCCUUGUAGCAAUUAACACAUACUUUCAAGCUCCAGAGAAAGUCUCUGCUCUGAUUUUGUCGGCACCAGCAAUGAUUGCACCAUGGUUUUCCAAAGAGACAGAGAAUGAGACAGCGAUGGGGAAUGGAGAAGACUGGAAUUCGAAAUCAAAAUAUCGAGAAGGAUCUUUUGCUAGAAUUUGGAAGGUUUUUGUCAAGCUAUACAAGGUCACAAGAAAGUUUAUAUGGAAGAUGUUCAAGAGAAUUAAUGACUUGCUCUUCUCCAUUUACACCAAGGCUUUGUGUGUGUUCUUGAGAUCAGCUCUGGCUCGAGUAUUGCUGAGGAAUCUGGUAGAUAAGCUCUGUCAAUCAGGUAUUCGAUUUGCGUCAAGUCAGUGACGAUAUAAUAAAUGGUUAUACCAAGGUUAUUGUAAUGAUCUAUAAAUACUAAAACCAUAUAUAUUUUCCUUUUUUGCUUGUGUGGAGUUGUGCUAUUUAAUUUUCUGUAAUGUUUUAUGUUGGCCUCUUUGUUUUGAUGAUGUUUAACAAACAAUUUAUCACUAAUGUUGUUUGUCUAGU